UUGUCCAGGGACUAGUGCAUAUAAGUUGUAAUUGCAAGAGCAAGGAGCAAGCUCUGGAUUAGAUCGACGGAUGGACUUGGUUUGGUAUAAUUCCAAGUCGUCGUUGGUGUUUCUUCUUCUCUGUUGCCCAGCCACCCAGGACUAUAGUCCUUAUUUGGAAAUGCCUUCGUACACCUUUGGAGAAGCGAGUACUUUUGGUGGAGCUGGAAUGGGAAAGGCUGUUAGUGGUGAAAUGACAGGUCCUCCAAUGGCAGAUCAUUCUAUGAGGGGCAGUCGUAGAGCUACGUCUUCUGAUCUAUUAACAUAUGGUCGAAAUAUGAGUCUUACUAAUCAGCUCCCAGUUGAUACAAUGCCUAAGCCUGGGCGUGAAACAGUUCCUUUUCCUCUGGAUGCAUCCAGCACUUUAUAUGUUGAAGGACUUCCUCCUGAUAGCACAAGGAGGGAAGUAGCUCACAUCUUUCGUCCUUUUGUGGGAUACAAAGCAGUGAGGCUUGUGAACGAAGAGUCAGGUUUGUCCAUAAUGCAGCGUGGCAGGGAUCCUCUUAUUCUUUGUUUUGUGGAUUUUGAAAAUCCAGCCUGCGCAGCAACUGCUCUGAGUGCCUUGCAAGGUUAUGAAAUGGAUGAACAAGCUCCUGAUUUUAAUUACUUGCGACUGCAGUUUUAUCAGUUCCCGGAUCCCAGGUCUAGACCUUGCCGUAACAAGGGGUGAUAGGCAUUAGGUGAUGAGAAACAUCUGUGUUGAUGUAAUCAAGAUUGCAUUUGCUCUUAUACAUUAUAUAUAUAUAUAUAUAUAUAUAUUGCUCAGGCUUGGGCACACACUAAUUGUAAGCACUUCUGAUGCAUGCACAUUGUUGUUCUAGGUAGUGAAAUCAGAAACAGUUUUAUAGUUGUGUUAAACGAUCUGAUUUUGCACGUCCAUGGUCUACAAUUUACUCAAGGAAUGUUUUAAUUCUGAAUAUCUUCUUCUCUCUG